AUGGUUCUGUCCUUCGUCAAGUAUGUAUUAUUUUCUGCCUGUCCUGUUUAUAUCCUCCACAUUUUCAUCGCACAUCGCGUUCUACAAACAACAAACAUCUCUACUAUGGCCAAAACAGCAAAAGGAACGCGUUCCAAAGAUGUUUCAGAGCAAGACGCCGUUCGAAAGUCGCCCCGGUCCAAAUCCAAUUCGCUUGCGCUUUCGGCGGCUCUGCCGACCCGAAUUAAGAAAACCAAGAAAGCACCUGCUAAAAAAGAAACUCAGCCACCGAAAGAGCCGGCUAAACGUGGCCGUAAGAAGAAGGAGCCUGAUCAAAUCAUAGAAACGACUUCGCUAGCUGCCGAAACUGAAGUAGCCAAACCAAAUGGAGUCCAGGAAACAUCCACCUUCGACAAAUCACAUCAAAUCACAGAAGCAGACAUUUUAGCUGCAGACACACUGGCGAAGGUUGUUCACUUUGUUAACCUGUUGGUUGGAUCGCAACAGCAGAUAUUUGAGAGCUACAAGCGCACCGCCCGUCUCCAGAUGGAGAACGACUCGCGUUUGAUCUCCCAGUUGCGCCAUGAACUCGAAAACAAACAAAAGAGCAUUGAUUCGCUUCUGGCACUGCUCCGGCGAUUAGAGGACACCAGCACCACAGGACUGUCUUCUUCAGUUGUCAGUUCGACGCCUCAGAGAGGCCGUAUGCCCGAAUUGUAUGAACUGCCAAUUCGCCGACGAAACGCAUCCGCCAUGGUACACCAGGAAGACUUGGCAAACGAACUCAAAACCAUUGGCGUUACGCUCGACAUGCUUGAGUUGCUCACAGGAGUUCGAAUCAUCUCAUAUGAAGAGGACAGAGUGAAGUUCUAUUUUGACGUUAAACAGCUGUCAACCAAUAGUGACAGCGACAAUGACGCUAUCAGUGUGACAUAUCGCCUUGUGAUUAAACGUAAGUUCGAAAAUACGGCAGAAGUGACUUACGUGCCUACUUUCUUCCAGAAAAUGGACGAACUGCCUGCUUCUGAAGAAGAAGAAAUUAUGAACAGUCAUGCUCGUGUGUUGGCACCACAUUUGCCGGAGUACUUGAAAGAUAGUCUUAUAUUCCCCUACAAUACUCUUCUGCAGUUUUAUGCCAAAAUGAGCAAAGCCUUGAACAAGGCCACGAAGAAAUAA